CAUGGAUUUCAUACAUAUCCUGAUCAUCUGGUACCACGUAUUGAACGCUAGAUAAAAGAUAAGAAUAUAUCAAGAAAAAAGUAUUUAUCUUUUUAAAAGUUAUCUAUAAUUAAAUAUAUAUUUAAUUUAUAUGAUUAUCAACUAUUAAUAAAUCAUUAAGUAACAAUUAGAAUUAUUUUUUUGUUAUUAAAACUUAUAUAUAAAUUUCUUUAUAUAUAAUAAAUAGAAUUUAAAAACAAGUUGCUGUUGAAAACUUUAUAUUAAAUAUUAAUUUCAUAUAUGCUUUAAACAUAAUAGUUACACAUUAUAAGUAAGUGAAGUCGUUUUUUUAUAAUAAAAAUAUAUUAAAUUAUACAAUUUUAAAUAUUUAAAUGUUUAAAUGAAUUAAUAUAGUUAAAAAGAAAAGGAUAUGACAUAAAGCAUUUUUUAUUUCACUGAUUUUUUAUUAUAAUCAUCAAAUUAUAUUUAAUAAUGAAUUUUUACUAUUUCUAUAUAUGUUUCUAAAUCUUUUAAUUAGAAAAAGAGAAUUAUAAAUUAAUGUUUAUUAUUCUAAUAAUUAUAUUUUAAAUUUUCGAUCAUAAUUCAUUUCAGUUUGUCUUUAAAUAUUCUAGUCACAAUAUUUCACGUAAAAUAUUAAAAAUAUGAUGUAAAAAUUGAAAUAUAUUUAUUUAAAUAUUUAUAUUAUUUAAUUAUAAAAUUGAAAAAUAGAGUUAUUUUUCAAUUAGUCUGUAAAAGUAUUAAAGAAGCUAAAACUGCAUAUAUAUUUUUGAGUCUCAAAAUAGACCGGUAGCUCGAUUCAGUGUGUAGCUACAAUUUCUAUGCAAAUCGAGACUCUUCCCGAAAGACGAUGGUCAUAUCUAGAUCAUACUUUUGGCAAUCUUCACGGAGUAGUAUAUUUUUAAUAAAACGAUUACAUAUAUAAACUACUUAAUUUUUAGUCUGUUUGCAUCCCUUGACUUUCAUAGAUCGUGCGAUCCGAUUUGAAUGCGAAGAAAGCGUUCAAUAUAAUCAAAUUCGAGGAAAUCGUUUUGGUAUCAAUAUUAAUUGAGUGUUAAAUCAAUCAUGUCUCAAAAAAACUUGGAAACAUCCAGUUUAGUGGGUAAAAGUUCAACAACAUACAAAAUUCUUCAAAAUGAUAAAGUAGGAAGAUAUAUGGUAGCCAACAAGGAGUUAGAGGCAGGUGAAGAAAUUGUUUCAGAAAUGCCUUUUAUAGUGGGACCAAAAGCAGCCACAUAUCCUUUAUGUCUUUCUUGCUAUGUAUCAUGGCCUCCAACAUUGAAUGAAAAACCUCUUUGUUCGAAAUGUGGUUGGCCUGUUUGUUCAACAGAAUGCGAGAACCAACCUCAACAUAAAGAUUAUGAAUGUCAGAUAUUCGCACAAGCCAACGAGAAAUUUAAUGUACAGGCUGCUUUAGAAGAGACAAAUGAAAAUGGAGUACCACAAUUAGAAUGUAUAACUCCAUUGAGAUUACUUUUGGAAUCGGAAAAAAAUCCAGAAAGAUGGAAGAAUGAAGUGAAGGACAUGGAAGCUCAUAAUAAAAUAAGAAACCAAAAGAAACAGUGGAAAUCAGAUCAAAUUAAUAUUGUAGAGUAUAUAAGAAAACAACUUAAAUUAGAAAGGUUCUCAGAAGAACAAAUUCAAACAGUAUGCGGAAUCUUGGAAAUUAAUACUUUCGAAGUUCGAACAGCAAAAGGAUUUAGCGCGAGAGCAAUCUAUCCUACAGUGGCUUUAAUGAAUCACUCGUGUAUCUCUAACACUUGUCAUAGCAUUUCACCAACCGAUUACAAAAUACGAUUGCGUACUACGCUCAAAAUUCCUCCGGGUGGAGAACUUUACGGAAGUUAUACACAUUCGUUACUUCCAACGAUGUUGAGAAGAGAACAUCUUCUUGAAGGAAAAAAUUUCGCUUGUGCAUGUGCAAGAUGUUCAGAUCCAACUGAACUUGGAACGCAUAUGUCUUCAUUAAAAUGCAAUAAGUGUGAUAAUGGAAUAGUGUUAUCUUUGGAUUCUUUAGAUCCAGAAAGUUCAUGGAAAUGUACUCAUUGCGAAUUUUCAACCUCAGGAUCAGCCGUUCGAAAAGUAUUGCAAAUUAUACAAAUGGAAGUAGAUGCAGUAGAGGCCAUCAGUGGUGCUGAUGGAGCUGAUGCUAUUCAAGAAAGAGAAACAGUUGCAAAAAAAUAUCGUUCAGUUUUACAUCCUCGACAUGCUUUUCUCACAAUGUUGAGACAUUCAUUGACACAAAUGUAUGGUCGUGUGGAAGAUUAUCUUUUAGAAGAUUUGCCAGAUGUUGUAUUAGAACACAAGAUCGAUAUGUGUAAGCUAUUACUUCAAGUACUCGACGUUAUAGAACCUGGCUAUUCUCGUAUAAGAGGAAUGACAUUGUAUGAACUUCAUGCACCCUUACUUUUUACUGCUAAAACGCAAUGGAAUGCCGAAGUGAUUGAUAAAGCUGCCUUGAAAUCAAAAAUGAUAGAAGCUUCUAAAAUUUUGAAAGAAGCUGCAACGAUUUUAUGUUUUGAACCACCGGAUACAGCGGAAGGCCAAAUAGGUAUCGUCGCUAAAGAAUCUCUGGCUCAGCUUGAGGAUUCAAUCAAAAAUUUAUAAACUUUAUUUAUUGUAUAUCGAAGCAUUAUAUUUAUUAAUAAAGAUAUAUAACAUUGAAUGUAUUUGUUAAUAAAGAUAUGUAAUUACAUAUAUAGACAAUUAAAUAUGCUUUGCUAAA